UACUGGAAAGUCUAAAUGCCACAACAAGAAUUGUUGUGGAUAUGUGAGUCACUGAGUUCAAAUAUAUUUCGGGCUAGUGUCAUUUCAUUUUCACUGUUAUGGGCUAUCGGCAAUACAAUUAAAGAAUUUAUUAAGUCACAGUAAAGUACGACCGACACAUUGAAGUCUAACGUUACAUAAGGGCAUUACCGACUUAGUGGUAAAAUGUUAUAAUGUUAAUUAUAUAGCGACUUGCUGUUAUUGCUAUUCCACGGAAUGUGAGUCGGUGUGAGGCGUUCAGUUUGUUGGCUGCUGUGUUUUCAUCCCAGCUUUCCCCUUUUGUCAUGUCUGUACCAUGAUGUGGUGAGUUUGUCCAUGGCAGGAAGGGAAAGGGGGGAAGCUGCACCGUUUGACUCCGCUCCAGAGAGUCAGUCCUCAUUCAGUUUCUCCCGGUUUAUUGGCAGUAACUCCCGGGCGAGCCACUGCCUCCUUUUGGUUUUACACGGGGAACAUGGCUGUGUUGAAGAUACAAGACCAGGCUUAUCCAUUAGAUGAGUCAUCAUGGCUGCGAUCCUGCUCGGAGACGGAGUCGAUGUGCCAGGCCACCGAUACACACUGCCAAGCCAACACUUGGUCUGUGGACAUAACCAAAAUCAAUUUAAAAUGUAAAUUAAAGCCGUCUCUGUUAAGAGCCAUCUUCAACGUGGACCCCGAUGAAGUUCGCUCCCUCAUAUUCAAGAAAGAGGAUGUCAACAUUCAGGACAAUGAGAAGCGGACACCUCUGCAUGCUGCAGCCUACUUGGGAGAUGCUGAGAUCAUUGAACUACUCAUCCUCUCAGGAGCCAGAGUUAAUGCCAAAGAUAACAAGUGGUUGACUCCUCUUCACCGAGCUGUCGCUUCCUGUAGCGAGGAUGCAGUGGCAGUCUUGCUGAAGCACAGUGCAGAUGUUAAUGCCCGGGACAAGAACUGGCAGACGCCGCUCCAUGUCGCUGCUAGCAACAAGGCAGUGCGCUGUGCCGAGGCUUUGGUUCCACUGCUUAGCAACGUCAACGUAUCUGACCGUGCUGGACGCACUGCCCUGCACCACGCUGCCUUCAGUGGGCACGUAGAGAUGGUGAAGUUGCUGCUGUCGAGAGGAGCCAACAUUAAUGCAUUUGACAAGAAGGACAGGAGGGCCAUCCACUGGGGAGCCUACAUGGGCCACCUUGAGGUGGUGAAAUUGUUGGUGGCCAGCGGAGCCGAGGUUGACUGUAAGGACAAAAAAGCUUACACCCCGCUCCACGCAGCCGCCUCCAGUGGCAUGAGCAGCACAGUGCACUACCUGCUGAGCCUGGGGGUCCACGUCAACGAGGUGAAUGCCUAUGGCAACACUCCACUCCAUUUGGCUUGUUACAAUGGACAGGAUGUGGUGGUCAGUGAGCUCAUCGAUGCAGGGGCCAACGUCAACCAGGUGAACGAGAGGGGGUUUUCUGCUCUCCACUUUGCCUCCUCCUCACGCCAGGGGGCGCUGUGCCAGGAGCUGCUGUUGGCCCACGGAGCUCACAUCAACACACGGAGUAAGGAUGGUAAGACUCCCCUCCACAUGGCAGCUACCCAUGGAAGGUUCUCCUGUUCUCAGGCCCUCAUUCAAAAUGGAGCUGAUAUUGAUUGUGAGGACAAGAGCAGAAGCGCUGCCAUUCACAUCGCUGCCCGCUAUGGCCAUGAGCUCAUCCUCACAGCACUCAUCAAACACGGAGCCAACACAGCCAAGAGAGGCAUUCAUGGGAUGUUCCCUCUGCACCUGGCAGCUCUCAGCGGCUUCUCAGAUUGCUGCAGGAAGCUGCUGUCCUCAGGGUUUGACAUAGACACCCCUGACGACAUUGGAAGGACCUGUCUACAUGCUGCUGCAGCUGGAGGGAACCUGGAGUGUCUGAACCUGCUGUUAAACAUAGGAGCGGACUUUAACAGGAAAGACAACCAUGGAAGGACUCCACUACACUAUGCAUCUGCAAACUGUAACUACCAGUGUGUGUUUGCCUUGGUGGGCUCUGGGGCAAGUGUCAAUGAGCUGGACGAGAGAGGCUGCAGUCCCCUGCACUACGCUGCUGCAGCUGACACUGAUGGAAAGUGUGUGGAGUACCUGUUAAGGAAUGAUGCUGAUCCAGGAGUGAGAGACAAACAGGGUUAUAGUGCAGUGCACUAUGCCUCCGCGUACGGACGCACACUCUGCCUGGAACUGAUGGCAAGUGAUACACCGCUCGAUGUGUUAUUGGAGACAUCAGGAACAGACAUGUUGAGUGACUCACAGAGCCAGGCCCCCGUCAGUCCACUCCAUCUGGCGGCUUACCACGGACACUGUGGAGCUUUAGAGGUCCUCUUGUCGUCCCUUCUGGAAGUGGACGUUUGCAGCCCAGAGGGCCGGACCCCUCUGAGCCUGGCCUGCUCUAGGGGUCAUCAGGAGUGUGUCUCGCUGCUGUUGCACCAUGGCUCCUCGCCCAUGACCCGUGACUACACUCACAAAAAGACAGCCAUACAUGCUGCAGCUAUGAAUGGCCACCCAGAGUGCCUGCGCCUGCUCAUGACCAACAACGACCAACACAUUAAUGUGGACGCACAAGACACCAACGGACAGACUCCGCUGAUGUUGGCAGUGCUGAAUGGACACACAGAGUGUGUGUUUUCUCUGCUCAGUCAAGGAGCCAGUGUAGAGAAUCAAGACCGCUGGGGGAGGACGGCACUACACAGAGGGGCAGUGACAGGCCAGGAGGAGUGUGUGGAGGCCCUCCUCCAGCGGGGGGCCAGUGUGUGUGUCAGAGACAUCCGGGGCCGCUCCCCUCUUCACCUGGCAUCUGCAUGUGGCCGUGUGGGUGUCCUGGGUGCCCUACUGCAGGCCACCAACACCUCACACACUCACAGACACCUCACUGACAACCAGGGCUAUACACCACUGCACUGGGCAUGCUACAACGGAUAUGAUGCUUGUGUGGAGGUGUUGUUAGACCAGGAGGUGUUCAAGAAGAUUAAGGGCAACUCGUUCAGUCCACUGCACUGUGCUGUUAUGAACGAUAACGAGGGAGUGGCUGAGAUGUUAUUAGACUCGCUGGGCACAGCUAUUGUCAACACCACUGACUCCAAGGGCAGGACCCCCCUUCACGCUGCAGCUUUUUCCGACCACGUAGAGUGUGUUUCCCUUCUGCUGAGCCACGGAGCUCAGGCAAACGUCGUCGACACGCACAUGCGCAGGACGCCGCUGAUGAUGGCAGCUCUCAACGGACAGACCAACACUGUGGAGGUGUUGGUGAACAGUGCUAAAGCAGACUUGACACAACAGGAUACAAACAGGAACACAGCAUUACAUCUGGCUUGCAGCAAGGGUAAUGAGACGAGUGCCUUGUUGAUUCUGGAGAAAAUCAGUGACAGGAACAUCAUCAACUGCACCAAUGCUGCUCUCCAGACGCCCUUGCACAUAGCAGCCAGGAGGGGAUUGACUGUGGUGGUCCAGGAGUUGCUGGGGAAAGGAGCCAGUGUGUUAGCAGUGGACGAGAACGGUUACACUCCAGCUCUGGCCUGCACUCCCAGCCGUGACGUGGCCGACUGCCUGGCGCUCAUCCUCAACUCCAUGAUGCCCACCUCCCCUAUGGUCACCAUAGCAGCUUUGCCUGCCCUUUCUCUUACUCAGACUGUCAUCAACCACCAUCCCACCUCCAACCACAUCUCCAAAGGCGUGGCCUUUGACACCCCACCUGCCCUGAGGCCUGACCAUGCCUCAUACUGCAGGGCAGAGCGUCUGCUGUCCUCUGUCACUGGCGACGAUGAACUGAAUGACUCAGAUUCAGAGACAUACUGAGAACAUACCUGCAGUUAGACAGAGCCCCAUAAUACUGGCAGGCUAGCCAGCCACUCAGGAGCCUUAAAAGGUCGCUGACCAGGAACAAAAAGAGAGAAGAGAGUGGAAAAAAUACAGACAGUGUUCAGGUUUUUUUUAGGUAAGCCUCUUCAAAAAUAACCAUUGUUGGAAACUAGAUGUUUGUUCCCUUGGGGUGGAAAAUAAUGUACUAAAAUAUAGAAUAAGGUGAAUACACACUACAUUUGUCUCAAGACACUACCACUGUAUGGUCAGUAACAUGGCCAGUGUCUUUUUAAAUUUAGCCCAUAUUCUGAUACUUUCUGGAGUGUUUUUAAGCCUUUUCACAGGUUUUCCUACUGGACAAAAGGCCAGAGGACUGCUUUUUUUGUUAGCAUGAUUGUCUUAAGAAACAACAGAGGGACAAUCUUACGGGACCAGGAGAUUGAUUACUGUUUGUGGUAUUUAUGAAUUUUUAGUUGGAGUUCUUCAAGCUAUCAUGGCUGUCACUAACGCACAUUGGUAAUGCUGCGUUGUUUUUGAACCACUUUUCAAUUCCUAGGAGAGGAAAUCAUUAUUGAAUCCUAUGAAUUUAUUCCAAGUGGAGACUGAAUCCUUGGGAAGUGAUUCUGGCAGCAAGUGAAUGGAUGUAAGACGCAGAAACUGUAUGAUUGUAUCAGGAGUCAGUUGAUUGAUGACCAGAAUGAGCGGCCCAAGGAACUUUUAACUUGCAAUGCUGUAACUACUCAAUGUCUGUACUGUAAUGGAGACAGGGGAAAGUGGCUGUGUGAGUGUGUGUGUGUGUGUGUGUGUGAGAGGGAGAGAGAGAAAUAAUAUUGCCUUCUUAGGAACAAGCUACUUUCGGGCAGAGGAUGCACGCAACUUGGUGCAAUGUUUGUAUAGAUUAAGUAAUGAAAGAAUGAAUAAAGAGAUUUGUUUUUGAU